CCAACAGCAAACUGACUUCGCCACUGUAAACUGAAGGAGAGAUUGUCCAGGACCACAACAAGCCUCAGCAUACACAGUGGUUAACGAGUACUCCAUUAAUGACCGAAAUAGAGGAAAUUAUGGACGUCUCUGAUAGCCAUGACAGUGCGCCAUCAGCAAAGAAGAAUGGACGAACCUCGUUGCUGGACAGCGGGGAGGACUUUGAGGUUUUAGACGAAGACAUUGACGACGAACCCCCACCUCUGGAAGAUGCCGGAGGUGGGAAGGGGAAAAACACAGAUGAGGCUAAAAAGAAAACCGAAGAUACAGAACCAAACCCUCAAGGACCAGUGGAAGAAUGGCUGGAUGUAUUGGGUAAUGACCAGCUGAAGAAAAAAGUCCUGGAGGCAGGAGAAGGGCCAGACAGUCGGCCACAGAAAGGACAGAAUGUAAAGAUUAAUCUUAAGACAUACCUGAUGGAUGGGACACUUGCAGAGGACCAGUCUGACCUUUGUUUCACACUUGGCGAUGGAGACGUCAUCCAGGCUUUAGAUCUCACAGUGCAGCUCAUGGAAAUGGGAGAGAAGGCCCUCAUUCAGACUGAUGGCAAAUACGCAUACGGUGCACGGGGGAGUUUUGAACCUGAAGUUCCCCCCAAUGCUGAGCUGUCCCUUGAAGUGGAACUGUUGGAAGCUACUGAUGCCCCAGACCUGGAGCUGCUUCCUCCUCCAGAAAAGAUUGCCCUGGCCAUCCAUAAGAGAGAGAGAGGCAAUGUUCAUUAUCAGCGUGGGGACUACGCUUUUGCAGUUAACUCAUAUGGCAUUGCCCUGCAGAUAACAGAGUCUAGUUCUAAAGUUGAUAUUAGUCCCGAGGAGGAGAAUGAGCUCACGGAUGUAAAGGUGAAGUGUUUAAACAACAUGGCUGCUUCUCAGCUGAAACUGGACCACUAUGAUGCAGCACUUAAAUCUUGUGUCUUGGCACUGGCACACCAGCCAGACAACAUAAAAGCACUUUUCCGCAUGGGCAAGGUGCUUGCCCUGCAAGGUGAAUACACAGAAGCCAUUCAGACUUUGAGGAAGGCACUGAAGUUGGAACCGAGCAACAAGACUAUCCACACAGAGCUCUCCAAGCUGGUGAAGAAGCACUCUGAGCAGAGAGGAGCAGAGCAGGCCAUGUACAAGAAGAUGCUGGGUAACCCCGCUAGUAGCAGCAGCACACAGAAACACCGGGCCAAGUCUUCAUGGGGUCUCAGCUGGAAGUGGCUAUUCGGCGCCACUGCAGUAGCCAUUGGUGGCGUAGCAUUAUCUGUUGUCAUAGCUGCUAGAAAUUGAACCAAGCCUGUAGUGAUGGCCUGACCAAGCCACUGCGAUGUGAGUGCCUCAGCACAGAAGCACAUCUGGCAGUGCCUCCUGAUCUUUGGUCAAAGGGGUUGGAAAUGUCAGUCGGUCAGCUGCCUCAUCACUGUCACUCUCCUUUCUCUGCUAUGUUUGAGAACUAUAUGUGACAAAUAAUAAGACAUCAAUAUUUGCAUAUGGGAAUUGCAUUUCCAACCUUUUAAAUGUGUAGGAUUAUGCAUAUCUGUCACAUUGCCAGACACUGUUUUCUUUUGCUGCCAUUGUUUUUGUCUGUGCUAGUUAAUGUUGGAGAUUGAUUAUUUAAGCAUACAAAAUAAUAAUAAAUUACCACAGAUUCAGAUAGGAGCUAUUUAAAAAUAUUUUCCCAUUAGAAAAGCUAUU